UUUAUCUUCUAGAAUGCAGGGAAGGAAAUGGGGUGGAUUACAGAGGAACAGAAGCCAAAACUCAGAAAGGUGUGGCAUGCCAGAGGUGGGCUGAUAAUUCCCCCCAUAAACCAAAUUACACACCUGAAAAAUAUCCCAAUGCAGGACUGGAGGAAAACUACUGCAGAAAUCCUGAUAAUGAUGUAAAAGGACCCUGGUGUUACACAACAGAUCCUGCUACCAGAUUUGAUUACUGUAACAUCCCAGAGUGUGAAGUUGAGUGCAUGCACUGCAGUGGAGAAAACUACCACGGAGUAGUUGCGACAACGGUGUCUGGGCUUGAGUGCCAGCGCUGGGACUCCCAGGAGCCUCACUCUCAUGGAUACCUCCCAGAAAAUUUUCCAGAGAAGGAUCUGAAGGUGAAUUAUUGCCGUAAUCCUGAUGGUGAACCUCAGCCCUGGUGUUUCACUACCAGCCCAACUAAACGCUGGGAAUAUUGUGACAUUCCUCGUUGCACAACACCCCCACCAGUUCCUGCACCAGGACGUCAGUGUCUAUCCGGAAGAGGAGAAGACUAUCGGGGCACAAUAUCUGUUACUGAAUCGGGAAAUACCUGUCAGCGCUGGAGUUCUCAAUAUCCUCACAGACAUGCUCGCACUCCUGAAAACUAUCCCUGCAAGAACCUAGAGGAAAACUACUGUAGAAAUCCCGAUGGUGAGAAGAUGCCAUGGUGUUACACCACCAACAGAACUGCCCGGUGGGAAUAUUGUACCAUCCCCUCCUGUGAUGGGACAGAGCCAGAGGUCCCUGCUGUUGAUGUGCCUGAGCAGGCUCAAAUUACUGAGGAGUGCUAUCAAGGCAAUGGUGUGACUUACCGUGGCACAGCUUCUUUCACUCUCACGGGAAAGAAAUGUCAAGCCUGGAGCUCAAUGUCACCGCAUCGACACAAUAAAACAGCAGACAAGUUCCCAAAUGCGGACCUGAGGCAGAAUUAUUGCAGAAACCCGGAUGCUGAUAGCCGCCCAUGGUGCUACACCACUGAUCCCAGUGUGAGAUGGGAGUAUUGCAACCUGAAGAGGUGUGAUUCACAAAUUACUUUACCAAAACCUCCACAGACAACACCAGAACCAAAUCCUGAUUGCAUUAAUGGUAAUGGUAAAGAUUAUCGUGGUACAGUAGCAAAAACUGCAAGGAGCAGGACUUGUCAAGAGUGGAGUUCUCAGAGACCUCAUAGCCACGACUAUUUCACUCCCAUGACUCAUCCAGAAGCAGGCCUGGAUAAAAAUUAUUGCAGGAAUCCUGAUGGAGAUGUGAAUGGACCCUGGUGCUACACAACAGACCCAAGAAAAGCCUGGGAGUACUGUGACAUUCCCAAGUGCCCUCCUGCUCAGUAUGAGUGUGGAAAAGCCAAGUUCAGACCAAAGUUAUGUGCUCAAAGAAUUGUUGCUGGGUGUAUUUCACAUCCGCACUCCUGGCCCUGGCAAAUCAGUCUCCGGACAAGUUUUGGCCUACAUUUCUGUGGGGGAACUCUGAUAGAUCCACAGUGGGUUCUUACUGCCGCUCACUGCCUAGACAAGUCCUCACGGCCAUCUGCAUAUAAAGUAUAUCUCGGAUUACACAAAGAAAGAGCAUUAGAGGCGACAGUGCAAAAACGAGAUGUUGAGAAAUUGUUCAAGGAGCCACACAGAGCCGAUGUUGCUUUGCUAAAACUGAGCAGCCCAGCAAUCAUCAAUAAUCAUGUAAUCCCAGUCUGUUUGCCAAAAGAAAAUUCUGUGUUAGGAGGAAGAGAGGAGUGCUAUGUCACAGGCUGGGGGGAUACAAGAGGAACUGGUGGUGAUGGCUACUUAAAGGAAACUGGUUUCCCUGUAAUUGAGAAUAAAAUAUGCAACCGCCCUGAAUUUUUGAAUGGUAGAGUUAAAAAGCAUGAGCUCUGUGCUGGGAAUAUUCAUGGUGGCACAGAUAGCUGCCAGGGGGACAGUGGAGGACCUCUAGUUUGUCUGGACCAAGAUAAAUUUGUCCAACAUGGAGUCACCUCCUGGGGCCUUGGCUGCGCCCAACCCAUGAAACCUGGUGUUUACGUUCGAGUUUCCAAUUACAUUCCUUGGAUUAAGAGUAUAAUGGAAAACAACUGAUCCUGGGUUUGGACUGCCCUCUCCUGGAAAGCAGAAUGCACAUUAGAAAUACAAGAUUCCAAGUGCAAUAUUAAAGCUACAAUCAAAGUAAAAUAAAUAUGAUCAUC